CCGGCAGUGACGCGGCGGCGGGCGCGCGCGGCGCAUUUCCGCCUCUGGCGAAUGGCUCGGCUGUAGUGGGCGCCGCGGGCCCAGCUGCGACCCCGGCCCCGCCCCCGGGACCCCGGCCAUUGCAGACCUGUUCCCCCUCAUCUUCUCCUCGGAGCCAGCCCAGGCUUCUGGCCCCUAUGUGGAGAUCAUCGAACAGCCCAAGCAGCGGGGCAUGCGCUUCCGCUACAAGUGUGAAGGCCGCUCAGCAGGCAGCAUCCCAGGCGAGCGGAGCACGGAUACCACCAAGACCCACCCCACCAUCAAGAUCAAUGGCUACACAGGACCAGGAACAGUUCGCAUCUCCCUGGUCACCAAGGACCCCCCUCACCGGCCUCACCCCCACGAGCUCGUGGGGAAAGACUGCCGGGAUGGCUUCUAUGAGGCUGAGCUCUGCCCGGACCGCUGCAUCCACAGCUUCCAGAACCUGGGGAUCCAGUGUGUAAAGAAGCGGGACCUGGAGCAGGCCAUCAGUCAGCGCAUCCAGACCAACAACAACCCCUUCCAAGUUCCCAUAGAAGAGCAGCGUGGGGACUACGACCUGAAUGCAGUGCGGCUCUGCUUCCAGGUGACGGUGCGGGACCCGGCAGGCAGGCCCCUCCGCCUGUCGCCUGUCCUCUCUCAUCCCAUCUUUGACAAUCGCGCCCCCAACACCGCUGAGCUCAAGAUCUGCCGAGUGAACCGAAACUCGGGGAGCUGCCUUGGGGGGGAUGAGAUCUUCCUGCUGUGCGACAAGGUGCAGAAAGAGGACAUUGAGGUGUAUUUCACGGGGCCAGGCUGGGAGGCCCGAGGCUCCUUUUCGCAAGCUGAUGUGCACCGACAAGUGGCCAUUGUGUUCCGGACACCUCCCUACGCGGACCCCAGCCUGCAGGUCCCGGUGCGCGUCUCCAUGCAGCUGCGGCGGCCUUCGGAUCGGGAGCUCAGCGAGCCCAUGGAAUUCCAGUACUUGCCAGACACAGAUGAUCGUCACCGGAUUGAGGAGAAACGCAAAAGGACAUAUGAGACCUUCAAGAGCAUCAUGAAAAAGAGUCCUUUCAAUGGACCCACCGACCCCCGGCCUCCACCCCGGCGCAUUGCUGUGCCUGCCCGCAGCUCAACCUCCGUCCCCAAGCCAGCUCCCCAGCCCUAUCCCUUUACGCCAUCCCUCAGCACCAUCAACUUUGAGGAAUUUUCCCCCAUGGUCUUUCCUGCUGGGCAGAUCCCAAGCCAGACCUCGGCCUUGGCACCAGCCCCUGCCCCAGUCCUGGCCCAGGCCCCAGCCCCUGCCCCAGCCAUGGCAUCAGCUGUGGCCCAGGCCCCAGCCCCUGUCCCAGUCCUAGCCCCAGGCCUUGCUCAGGCUGUGGCCCUGCCUGCCCCGAAGACCACCCAGGCUGGGGAAGGGACACUGACGGAGGCCCUGCUGCAGCUGCAGUUUGAUGCUGAUGAAGACCUGGGGGCCCUGCUCGGCAACAACACUGACCCAGCCGUGUUCACGGACCUGGCAUCCGUCGACAAUUCAGAGUUUCAGCAGCUGCUGAACCAGGGUGUAUCUAUGGUCCCCCAUACAGCUGAGCCCAUGCUGAUGGAGUACCCUGAGGCUAUAACUCGCCUGAUGUCAGGGUCCCAGAGGCCCCCUGACCCAGCUCCCGCUCCCCUGGGGGCCUCUGGGCUCUCCAACGGUCUCCUCUCAGGGGAUGAAGACUUCUCCUCCAUUGCGGACAUGGACUUCUCAGCCCUUCUGAGUCAGAUCAGCUCCUAGGGAGGUGACACCUGCCAUGCCCAGAGUGCUGGGUCGCAGGGGAUUGAAGCCCUCCAAAGCAAGCACUUACGGAUUCUGAGGGUUUGUGCUCCAACUGCCCCCAACUUCUUUCGGUGAUACUUUCCUGGGGAGGGGGGGUGCAUUUUAUUCUUUUAUUGGCAGUAUCUCUCUCUCUCUUUUUGGAGGUGCUUAAGCAGAAGCAUUAACUUCUCUGGAAAGGGCGGACCUCAGAGCAUUCAAACUCUUCCUUCCCCCAUCCUGAUGUUUAGCUCCCUUUUCUCUGUAGGGAAUUCUGGGGGCCCCCAUCCUCACCCUCUAGCUUCUAGUACUCUCCUAGAGAGAGUGACAGGCUGGAGCUAUGGCCUUUGAGGCCGCAAAGCCUUAUUACCAAGUGUCCUCAAAUCAUGGAUUCAUUUACACCUUGAGCCAGAAUAAUGCCCCUGUUACCAGCCCCUAUGGUGCUGGUAUUGUCCUUGUUCCUAACACCAGCGUUUGAGGGGCUGGCCUUCCUGCCCUGAGAGGUCUCUGCCAGCUCAUUCCUUGCUCAUCUGUGGCUGAAGGGAACUGGUGGGACAGCACUGGCCCUCUCCAUGAUCCAGGGAGGUUUGGUCUGAGACUUCUCGGUUCCCCCUUUUCUCAAGUGCCUUAAUAGUAGAGGGAGUUGUUUGGAGAGUGGGGGGAGGGCAGGCUGGCAGCUCUCCAGUCAAGAGGCUCAGUUUAUACUGAAGUAUCAAAGCAGUUGGACUCUUGCUGUUUCUACUCUGAACUAAUAAAUUCAUUGCCAAGCUGGCCA